CCCGUGUCCGCGCCGCCCCGCGCCGGCCGGCAGUGUCUCAGGGACACGUCACGGUCCUGGAGGGGCUGUGCUUCGCCAGGAUGGGCACCCUCACCAUGGCCUGGAGCCCCCCGGCUCAGCUUCUGCUGGUCUGGACGGCCCUGGCGUGCACAGCGGGUGUCCAGGGCCGCUGGGAUGGGGCCUUGGAGCCUGCGGGUUCCAGACGUGUGCGCCGGUGGGGCAGCCCGGGCAUCUUGCAGGGGCCCAAUGUGUGUGGCUCCCGCUUCCACGCCUACUGCUGCCCCGGCUGGAGGACGCUGCCUGGAGGGCACCAGUGUGUCGUGCCUGUCUGCAGGCGUGCCUGCCAUGAGGGCUUCUGCUCCCGGCCCAACCUGUGUGCCUGUGCCAACGGGGAGCUGGCGCCCAGCUGCGCGCUGAGUCAAGGGCCCGGGUGCAGUGUGAGCUGCAUGAACGGGGGCAGCUGCCGAGGGGAGUCCUGCCUAUGCCAGAGGGGCUACACCGGCACUGUGUGUGGGCAGCCGGUGUGUGACCAAGGCUGCCACAACGGGGGCCGCUGCAUUGGGCCAAACCUCUGUGCGUGUGUGUAUGGCUUCAUGGGGCCUCAGUGUGAGAGAGACUACCGGAUAGGACCCUGCUUUGGCCAGGUGGGCACGGAGGGGUGCCAGCGCCAGCACACGGGCCUCCUCUGCACCAAGGCACUUUGCUGUGCCACUGUGGGCCGUGCCUGGGGCUUCCCCUGUGAGCUCUGCCCUGCACAGCCACACCCCUGCCGCCGUGGCUUCAUCCCCAAUAUCCACACCGGGGCCUGCCAAGAUGUGGACGAGUGCCAGGCCGUGCCAGGGCUGUGCCAGGGCGGUAGCUGCGUCAACACCAUGGGCUCCUUUGAGUGCCGCUGCCUGCCUGGACACCGCUUCAGUGAGAACAGCGCCAGCUGUGAAGAUGUGGACGAGUGUCUGUACAUGCCAGGCCUCUGCUCCGGGGGCGGCUGCACCAACACGCCCGGGGGCUACGUGUGCACCUGUCCCCGCGGUUUUGCCAGAAGCCAGGAUGGCACCCGCUGCCUGGACCACCGGGCUGGCACCUGCUUCUCGGUGCUGAUCGGGGGCCGCUGUGCCGGACACCUGGCUGGUGCCCACACCCACAGGCAGUGCUGCUGUCACACGGGCAGGUGCUGGGCAGCUGGCCCAGCUCCUGAGCUGUGUCCUCCUCGGGGUUCUGAUGAGUUCCGGCGACUGUGUGCCCAGGGGCUCCCGCUGCUGCCCUCCUAUUCCGGCCCCUCCCCCAGCCUCCCUGACUUUGGGUCCGCCGGCAUGGGCCCUGGCCUCGGGCAGGCUCGACACAGCCCUCACGAUGCCAGUGCGCAUGGGGCCCCCCGCCCGGGCCUCGGGGACGCCAGCAUUGGCACAGCCACCCUGAACCAAACCAUCGACAUCUGCCGACACUUCACUGGCCUGUGUCUCAAUGGCCGCUGCCUGCCCACCCCUUCCAGCUACCGCUGCGAGUGUAACCCCGGCUACGCCCAGGACGCCCGGGGCCAGUGCAUCGACGUGGACGAGUGCACCGGUAGCCGUGGUCUCUGCCGUCAUGGCCGCUGCGUCAACACAGAGGGCGGCUUCCAGUGCGCCUGCAACGCGGGUUUUCAGCUCAGUCCUGAUGGCAAGAACUGUGUGGACCACGACAAAUGUGCGGGCUUCGCUGUGUGUGCCAACGGAGUGUGUGUCAACGAGGAUGGCGGUUUCGCGUGUCUCUGUAAACCUGGCUUUCUGCUGGCUCCUGACGGCCGCCACUGCCUGGACAUGGACGAGUGCCAGACGCCCGGAGUCUGCGGGAACGGCCCCUGCACCAACACCGAGGGCUCCUACCACUGCCGCUGCCUUGGGGGGCUGGUGCCGGGGCCCGAUGGGGUCUGUGUGGAGAACUCCCUGCGUAGCACAUGCUUCGGAGGCUUCACACGGGGGACCUGUGUGCGCCCCUUCCCCGGCGCUGUCACCAAGUCUGAGUGCUGCUGUGCUAACCCGGACCACGGGUUUGGGGAGCCCUGCCAGCUGUGUCCAGCCAAGAACUCUGCUGAGUUCCAGGCUCUGUGCCGCCACGGUCUGGGCAUCACUGCAGACGGCAGAGACAUCAACGAAUGUGCCCUGGACCCCAACAUCUGUGCCCAUGGAGCAUGCGAGGACCUGUGGGGUGGCUACCGCUGCAGCUGCGGCCUGGGCUACGAGGCGGGCGCUGCCGGCAGGGAGUGUACAGACGUCGACGAGUGCCUGUCCCGCCCGUGUGUGAACGGAGUGUGCCGGAACCUGGCCGGCUCCUUCUCCUGCGAAUGUGCCCCCGGGAGCUGGCUGGAAUCCUCGGGCACCAUGUGCCUAGACAGCGCUCGGGGCACCUGCUGGCUGCAGGUCCGGGACGGCCGCUGCGAGGCCAACCUUCCGGGGACCUCCCUGCGGUCCGAGUGCUGCGCCACGCUGGGGGCUGCCUGGGGGAGCCCCUGCGAGCUCUGCGAGAUAGCCACAGACCCUGCCUGCGCCCGGGGCUUUGCCCGAACGAAGGGGCUCACGUGUGAAGACGUGGAUGAGUGUGCGGUCUUCCCCGGGGUCUGCUCCAACGGGCGCUGCCUCAACACCCCCGGCUCCUUCUGCUGCGAGUGUCCCCAGGGCUCGGUGCUGGACGCCACCGGCCGGCUCUGUGUGGACAUGCGCCAGGAGCCGUGCUUCCUGAGCUGGGCCGAGGGCCAGUGCGGGGCUGUCCUCCCCGGCCAGUACGGCAGGGACAUCUGCUGCUGCUCCGUGGGGGCCGCGUGGGGAGCUGCGUGCGAGCCUUGCCCAGAGCCCGAGUCCCCGGCAUUCAGCGGCCUGUGCCCCUGGGGGCUGGGCUUUGUCAGCCGAGACCCCCUGUCCGGCCAGCCCUUCUAUAAAGACCUGAACGAGUGUGCGCUGUUCCCCGGCCUGUGCGCUCACGGCGCCUGCCACAACACUGCGGGCAGCUUCCGCUGCACCUGUGCAGGCGGCUUCGCCCUGGACACCCGGGAGAGGAGCUGCACAGACAUCGACGAGUGCCGUAUAUCCCCUGACCUCUGUGGCCGGGGUGCCUGUGUCAACACGCCAGGCAGCUUCGAGUGCGAGUGUCUCCCUGGUUACCAGAGAGGCUCCAUGCUGAUAAAGGCCUGUGUGGAUGUGGACGAGUGUGCCCAGGACCCGUCGCUGUGCCGUGGAGGCGCCUGCACCAACACGGAGGGGAGCUUCGAGUGUCGGUGCCCCGCUGGACACAUGCUGACCUCCCGGGGCACUGCCUGCGAGGACGUGGAUGAGUGUGCCCUGAGCCAGGGCCUAUGUCCCCACGGCCGGUGUACCAACCUCCUGGGUGCCUUCCAGUGCUCCUGCCUCGCCGGCUUCCAGAGCACCCCGGACAGCCAGGGCUGCGUGGACAUUGACGAAUGCCAUGUGGGUAACGGCGGCUGUGCUGGGCAUUGCGCCAACACCGAGGGCAGCUACCGCUGCAGCUGCAGAGAGGGCUACACCCUGAUGGCGGAUGGCAGGACCUGCACAGACGUAGAUGAGUGUGAGGAGAGCCGGGACAUCUGUGAUGGGGGGCAGUGCACCAACCUGCUGGGUGGUCACCGCUGCCUGUGCUUUGACGGUUUCGUGGCCUCCGUGGACAUGAGGGCGUGUGUUGACGUGAAUGAGUGUGACCUGAACCCCCACAUCUGCCGCCAUGGAGCCUGUGAGAACACGAAGGGUUCCUUUGUCUGCCAUUGCCAGCGGGGCUACGCGGUCAGCAUGGCGGCCACGGGCUGCGCGGAUGUGGAUGAGUGUGAGCUUGGUGGGCAUGGCUGUGAUGGGCACGCCUCCUGCCUCAAUACCCCCGGGAGUUUCAGCUGCAGGUGCCAGCUAGGCUGGGAGGGGAAUGGCUUCAAAUGCCAUGACCUGGAUGAAUGUGCCUUCCAGAAGCACCCGUGCAGUGCAAGAGCCGACUGCCUCAAUGUCCCCGGCUCCUACCGCUGCACUUGCCGCCCGGGCUUCCUCGGAGACGGAUUCUCCUGCGAAGACAGGGACGAAUGUGCCGAGGACAUGGACCUCUGCGAGCAUGGCCAGUGCCUCAACGUCCCCGGCGGGUUCCGCUGUGAGUGCGAGAUGGGCUUCGACCGCACAGAGGACCUCCGGGCCUGCCGGGACGUGGACGAGUGUGUCCUCGGGGACGUCUGCCUGUUCGGGAGCUGCGAGAACCUGCCGGGGGCCUUCCGCUGCGCCUGCCGUCAGGGCUACGAGCUGGACCGCGGUGGCGCCAACUGCACGGACGUCGAUGAGUGCAUGGACCCCGUGAGCUGCAUCAACGGCCUGUGCGUCAACACUCCUGGCAGCUACCUCUGCAACUGCCCCCAGGAUUUUGAGCUGAACCCCAGCGGGGUGGGCUGUGUGGACACCCGGGUCGGCAACUGUUUCUUGGACACACAUGGCCGAGGGGAUGGUGGUGUUUCCUGCGGUGCUGAGAUUGGGUUUGGCAUCACCCGAGCCUCCUGCUGUUGCUCCCUGGGCCGGGCCUGGGGCAACCCCUGUGAGCUGUGCCCGAUGGCCAACACCACUGAGUACAGAACCCUGUGCCCGGGCGGCGAGGGCUUCCGGCCCAACCCCACUACUGUCAUUCUGGAAGAUGUCGACGAGUGCCAGGAGCUCCCGGGGCUGUGCCAGGGUGGCGACUGUGCCAACACCUUUGGCAGCUUCCAGUGCGAGUGCCCACCUGGUUACCACCUCAGCGGAAACACCCGCGUCUGUGCAGACAUCGAUGAAUGCUCCGCCCACCCAGGCAUCUGUGGCCCAGGGACCUGUGACAACACCCUGGGGAGCUACACCUGUGUCUGCCCCGCAGAGUACCUGCCUGGCACCGGUGGCCACAGCUGCUUGGACAUGAGAAGGAACGUCUGCUUCCGGCACUACGGCGGCGCGUGUGAGGACGAGCUGGCCGUCAGCGUGACCCGGAAGACGUGCUGCUGCUCCUACCACGUCGGCCAAGCCUGGAACAGACCCUGCGAGGCCUGCCCCUCCCCCACCAGCUUGGACUACCAGGUCCUGUGUGGAAACCAGAACCCAGGCUUCGUCACCGACGUCCACACAGGGAUGCUGCUUGACAUCGACGAGUGUGGGGAGCUCCCCGCCGUCUGUGCGCGCGGCGUCUGCAUCAACCAGUUCGGGAGCUUCCGCUGCGAGUGCUCCCGCGGCUUCCGCUACAGCGGCUCGCUGCUGGCCUGCACAGAUGUGGACGAGUGUGCCAGUGCGCAGAGCCCCUGCCCGCGCAGCGCCAAGUGCGUCAACGUCCCGGGCAGCUACCACUGCACGUGUGCCCGCGGGUACAAGCUGUCACCGGGAGGGGCCUGUGUGGGACAGAACGAGUGUCAGGAGAUCCCAGAUGUGUGUGGCCACGGCGACUGUGUGGACACUGAGGGCAGCUACACGUGCCUGUGUCACCGUGGUUUCCAGGCCUCUGUGGACCAGGCCCUGUGCGUGGACGUGAAUGAGUGUGAGCAGCAGCCAUGUGGAAACGGGACCUGCAAGAAUGUCGUCGGCUCCUACAGCUGCCUUUGCUUCCCCGGCUUCGUGGCAGCACACGAUGGGGACUGUGUAGACAUAGAUGAGUGCACCACCCUGGCAAGGCAGGUGUGCCGAUUUGCCCAGUGUCUCAACACAGCUGGUUCCUUCUACUGCCUCUGCCAGGCUGGCUUUGAGCUCACAGCUGAUGGGAAGAACUGCAUAGACACCAACGAGUGUCUCAGCCUUGUGGGAACAUGCUUGCCAGGCACUUGCCAAAACCUCGAGGGCUCCUUCCGCUGCAUCUGUCCCCCUGGCUUCCAGGUGCAGAGUGACCAUUGUGUGGACGUCGACGAGUGUUCACAGGAUCCCAACCUCUGCCUCUUUGGCACCUGUACCAACAGCCCUGGCAGCUUCCGGUGCCUCUGCCCAGCUGGUUUUGUCCUUUCUGACAAUGGGUACCGUUGCUUUGACACACGGCAGAGUUUCUGCUUCACCUAUUUCGAGGCUGGCGAGUGUCUGGCGCCCAAAGCUUUCAAUACCACCAAGGCCCAGUGCUGUUGCAGCAAGAGGCCCGGCCAGGGCUGGAGCCACCCCUGUGAGCUGUGUCCUCCAGAGGGCAGUGCUGCCUUUCAGGAGCUCUGCCCCUUUGGCCACAGGGCAGUCCCGGGCCUGGACAACUCUUGGAGAGAUGUGAACGAGUGUGAGGAAAACCCCGGCGUCUGUAACAACGGCCUUUGCGUCAACAUGGACGGCUCCUUCCGCUGUGAAUGUCCCUUGGGCUACCAGCUGGACUCCACGGGCAGCCGCUGUGUGGACACAGAUGAGUGCUCUGUCGGGCAUCCCUGCGGGGAGGGCACCUGCACCAACGUCAUCGGAGGCUUCGAGUGUGCCUGUGCUGACGGCUUUGAGCCCGGCCCCACGAUAACCUGUGAGGACAUUGACGAGUGCGCCCAGAACCCCCUGCUCUGCGCCUUCCGCUGCCACAACACUGAGGGCUCCUAUGUGUGCACCUGCCCAGCUGGCUAUGCCCUGCGGGAGGACGGGGCCAUGUGCCAAGAUGUGGACGAGUGCGCUGACGGGCGGCAGGACUGCCGCGCCCGGGGCAUGCUGUGCAAGAACCUCAUUGGCACCUUCGCUUGCGUCUGCCCCCCGGGCCUGAAGCCCCAGCCUGGCUCCGGGGAGGGCUGCAUAGAUGACGACGAGUGUCAAGCCCAGCCCGGCCUCUGCGCCAACGGCCACUGUGUCAACACGGUGGGCAACUUCCGGUGCAGCUGUGACGAGGGCUUCCGGCCCAGCCCCACUCUCACUGAGUGCCUUGAUAUCCGCCAGGGGCCCUGCUUCUCUGAGCUGCUGCAGGCUGCGUGCCAGGCCCAGGCCAGCGGCGGCGAGGCUGUCACCUGGGCGGAGUGCUGCUGUGGGGGCGGCCGUGGCUGGGGCCCCCUCUGUGAGCUCUGUCCCCUGCCCAGCACCGCCGCCUACAGGAAGCUGUGUCCCCACGGCGCAGGCUACACGGCAGAGGGCCGAGACGUGGACGAGUGUCACAUGCUCCCUGGGCUAUGCCACCACGGGGAGUGCAUCAACAGCCUCGGCGCCUUCCACUGCCACUGCCAGGCCGGGUAUGCGCCAGACGCCGCUGCCACAGCCUGCCUGGAUGUCGAUGAGUGCAGCCAGACCCCCAAGCCAUGUGCCUUCCUGUGCAAAAACACGGAGGGCAGUUUCCUGUGCGCCUGCCCCCGAGGCUAUGUGCUGGCGGAGCCCGGCAGGACCUGCAGAGACCUGGAUGAGUGCGCCUCCAGGCAGCACAACUGCCAGUUCUUCUGCGUCAAUACCGUCGGCGCCUUCACCUGCCGCUGUCCCCCUGGCUUCACGCAGCGCCACCAGGCCUGCCUCGACAAUGACGAGUGCUUGGCCCGGCCCGGCCUGUGUGGUGCCCACGGGCGCUGCCACAACACCCCAGGCAGCUUCAGAUGUGAGUGCUCCCAAGGCUUCACCCUGGGCAGCUCCGGCCAUGGCUGCGAAGAUGUGGAUGAAUGUAAUGGGCCCCAUCGCUGCCAGCACGGUUGUCAGAACGAACUAGGGGGCUACCGCUGCAGCUGCCCCCAGGGCUUCACGCAGCACUCCCAGUGGGGCCAGUGUGUGGAUGAAAAUGAGUGCGUCCUGUCGCCCGAGGCCUGUGGCAGCGCCUCCUGCCACAACACCCUGGGGGGCUUCCGCUGCGUCUGCCCCUCCGGCUUCGACUUCGACCAAGCCCUGGGGGGUUGCCAGGACGUGGACGAGUGUGCCACGCGGGGCGGCCCCUGCAGCUACAGCUGCACCAACACCCCCGGUGGCUUCCUGUGUGGCUGCCCCCGAGGCUACUUCCGGGCUGGACAAGGGCACUGCGUCUCUGGCCUGGGCUUUAACUCCAGCCCUCAGCACACCCCGGAUGAGGCGCUCUCCCCGGAAGCCUGCUAUGAAUGCAAGAUCAACAGUCUCCCUGCUCAAGACCGGACUCGGCGCAGUGCACGCGGGGACUACCAGGUGAACCUAGCUGGCAUUGACUCAGAGGCCCCUCUGACCUUGGGCCUGAACCUGUCGUGCCUGGGCCAGGCAGAGCACAUCCUGGAGCUGCGGCCUGCCCUAGAGAACACUGGGGGCUGGGUUCGCUAUGUCAUCUCCCGCGGCAACAAGCAAGGUUUCUUCCGCAUGCGUCACCUCCGCGGCCUCAGCUCCCUGCAGUUGGGGCGUCGGAGACCAGGGCCUGGAACUUACCAGCUGGAGGUGGUGAGCGUGGUAGGGUCCUGGAACCCCAAAACCCAGUCAGAGGGGCAGACAGGGCCAGGUGUCCGGGCCCUACGACUGAAGGUACAGCUACAGCUGCUGUAGUGGGAGGAGCCCGUCCUGCUGCCCAGCCUCAGGUGCCUCCCAUGCCCCCUCCAGGCUCCAGCAUGGGCCCAGCCAGGCCCUGUCUCUUUCCAUGGGGUUUUGGGGAGACUGAUGACCUGCUUACUACAUGCCCUAAGUAGUACACACCGGGGUGACAAGCCCUGGCCUCAGCAGGCUCCAGGACCCCAUGCCAUCCUCUUCCCCAGCGGUGGGAGAUUGUGGAGCUGGGAUGGACUGCUCCCCAGCAGCAGUGGCUUGCCAGGUGGGACCCCAAAACUCAGGAAGAAUGAAAUGCUACACAAUGACCUCAGACAGGUCUGCCUAGGGGAUCCCAGUAUGCGGCCUCUCCUGGAGACAGCUGGAAGCUUCAGUGUGCACCCACCACCUCCAACAACCAGGGUCGAGGAGGACCCUGUUUCACUGUGUGGUCAGUCUCAGGCUUGAACUUAUGCACCGCGCCGUGGCUGCCCCAGGGGGUUGGCAGGACUGGGCAACAGUGACUGGGGUGGGGUGGGGGUGGGACUCAUCUCAGAGCAGAAGGGCCCACAGGGCCUUUACCAGAGUGGGUGACUCAUGGCCAUGUUCAUGCUUCCAGGAGCUGGGCUAAGGGUUCAAGGAUGCUUUUAUAUGAGAAGCAAGGACAAUAAAGUUAUUUUGCGUUAAGUCUGCUCCCUGGGGAAGUUCUGGCAAUCAGUAGACAUUGCCCACAAAAAAAGGCCAGGUUCACAUUUAAGAGAUCCCUGUGGCCCCAAAGGGCAGCUCUGAGAAGGACGAGCAUGCAAGUGAGAGAUGAGUGAAGACCACCCUCCACCUAAGGGUCAGGGACUGAUCCCAGGAUGCAGGCCCAGUGGGUUCCACCAACCUCAGUCCCCUGAGGGACUGGGCGCAAAGCCGACUGUGGAGGUCAACCACUGGGGGGCACUGUGGGUUCACCAUCCUGAGAUGUCAGCUCACGCCUCCUGACCAGUGCUGCGGGCGUACCAGGCACUGCUGCGUGUUUUACAAUCACUGACCCUGUGGCUGCGGAACAGAUGCCACUAUUGUCAUCCCCUCUCACAGCCUGGAGGCCAGACUCAGAGGUCAGGCAACUUGUCUGACGUGGCUCAAGUUGCAGAUAACAGAGUGGGGUUCAAAGCGGAGCCGCCUGGUUUGUCCCAUUCAUUGCACCAUCCUGCUGGUUCUAGAUCUACAUGGGUACUUGAUUCAGAAUCCUUACCUGCACUGUCUGUUGUCUGGAGGGAGGUCCUUGUUCUGUUCAUGGAGGGGUUGCCAAGAUAUUUCU